AUGUUGACUGUCCAUAAAAUGCAUUUUAGCAUCUUCCUGCUGUUCUGGGGAUGGGUUUUAUCCACUGAAUGCAGAGUCCACCGACAAGGAAAAGAAAUACACGAGGUAUACAAAAAAGGCAGACCUCAGCGGCAGAGACGAGAAGCCCACGGCGAGGCACACAAGCAGGGCAGUCCAAUCCUAAAGCGAAGCCCUGACAUCACCAAAUCUCCACUGACAAAGUCAGAACAGCUGCUGCGAAUAGAUGACCAUGACUUCAGCAUGAGACCAGGUUUUGGAGGUCCUGCAAUUCCUGUAGGGGUGGAUGUCCAAGUUGAAAGUCUGGACAGCAUUUCUGAGGUGGAUAUGGACUUUACCAUGACACUUUAUCUGAGGCAUUACUGGAAAGAUGAGAGAUUGUCCUUCCCCAGCACCAACAACCAAAGCAUGACAUUUGACGGCAGGCUGGUGAAGAAGAUCUGGGUCCCUGACAUGUUCUUUGUCCACUCCAAGCGUUCCUUCAUCCAUGACACCACCACUGACAAUGUCAUGCUGCGGGUCCAGCCAGAUGGGAAGGUACUUUAUAGCCUCAGAGUUACAGUAACAGCAAUGUGCAACAUGGAUUUUAGUCGAUUUCCCCUGGACACACAGACGUGCUCCCUGGAGAUUGAAAGCUAUGCCUACACAGAAGAUGACCUCAUGCUCUACUGGAAAAAUGGAAACGAUUCCCUAAAAACGGAUGAGAGGAUAUCGCUGUCCCAGUUCCUGAUACAGGAGUUCCACACUACCACAAAACUUGCCUUUUAUAGCAGCACAGGAUGGUACAAUCGUCUCUACAUCAACUUCACCUUGCGUCGACACAUCUUCUUCUUCUUGCUCCAAACCUACUUCCCCGCCACUCUCAUGGUUAUGCUGUCCUGGGUGUCCUUCUGGAUUGACCGUCGAGCAGUUCCUGCCAGAGUCCCCUUAGGGAUCACCACCGUGCUGACCAUGUCUACGAUCAUCACUGGGGUGAAUGCCUCCAUGCCCCGUGUUUCCUACAUCAAAGCAGUGGACAUUUACCUGUGGGUCAGUUUUGUCUUCGUCUUCCUCUCAGUGCUGGAAUAUGCAGCAGUGAAUUACCUGACCACAGUGCAAGAGAGAAAGGAGAGAAAACUCCGGGAUAAGCUCCCCUGUGCGUGCAGCCUUCCUCAGCCCCGGCCCAUGAUGAUGGACGGCAGCUACAACGACGGUGACGUGAACGAGUUGGGGCACUACGUGUCCGAGAACGGAGACAAGCAGGACAGAAUGAUGGUGCAGCUGGCGCUGGGGUCUGAGAGGGGCUCGGGCAGGAGGAAAAACCAGAGAUACGUCAGCAUGCGGAUCGACACCCACGCCAUCGACAAGUACUCCAGGAUAAUAUUCCCUGGCGCAUACAUUCUAUUUAACUUGAUAUACUGGUCCAUUUUUUCAUAAACAUACGUAACUUCUGUAGUCACAGUGUAUUGCGGCAGGAUAUCAGAGUACUGUCUCAUAGGCUAACAAAAUGAACAUAGAGAAUUAAUUUGAAGAUUGAUUUUUUUCAGGAUUUCAAUUUAUUUAUUUUUUACUAGGUGCAACUCAUCCGUGGCAUAAAUAACUGCAAAUUUCACGUUUCAAAUAAAUAUAGGAUAUACAAUCUAAAACUUCAUGCAUAUUUAAAGCUGUGCUACGCUCCUUCUUGUGCCUCACAGGCCACUGUAAUCUACUUCAAUGAGUGACACUAAUUGCCAGCUGCUUAUAUAUGGCGCAACUUCCAUUUCGUGACCCCAAAUCCCAGUUCUCUCAGUGUUUGAGCCCAUGCAUACAUCUCUGAACUCAGCAGACAGACAGCAUUUAGCACCGAUAAGUACAAAAGAUAUGCAAACACUUGCGUGCUUGCAGGAUGAGGUCAGAAGCAGCUUUUGCAAAAACAGAAUGUCCAAGAGUGGGAAACACUUCAGCAAGACUAUUAAUGGCCAAAGGCGGCUUUCAUUGCUCCAUGCACACUGUGCUGGCAGUGCUGCACUGACAGAGCCCAGCAGCAAUACCUUUCACACUUGUGCUGUCUCG